GAAGGUCAAUCCAAGUAGUUCGCGGUGUGGUCGGGAAGCAUAGAGUUGUACUAUUUCUUUUUACCUGUUUGGGACAUGAAGGAAGAGGUCAGCUGAGAGCAUCGGGGAUGGCUCUGGAGCAGCUCAGUGAUGUGGUUCAAAGAUGUCAAGCUCUCCCAGAUGACAGCUACACCUCAGAGGAUCAUGAUGUCUUCACAACAGCAGGGCGGACCUGCAUCGAGGAGGGCCACGCCCCGCAGGUCCUCAGUAUCGUCCUGGAUGAGAAGAACCAGAACRUGGUGAGAAGUUUGGGCUGGACCCUGCUGACGCCGCUGGUCCAGGUGCUGCUGAAGAAACAAGACCCGAACUUUCCACAUUGUCUGGCCAUCUUCAACCACCUGAUCGAGAGCUGCAGACCCAAAGAGCUGCUGGUUGGUCUGCUGGAGGAACUGGAACAUGAUGAUCCUGACAGAAUCGCUGACAGCCUCCACCUGCUCCUCCCCCCGUUACAGAAAGUGCUGCUGCGUCUGGGCAGCAGGAAAGCUGCGUCCCUGGGGAUGACCCUGUCCUCGGCGCUGGACCAGCUGGACAAGCUGCCCGUCCCUGAGACCAGAGAGCAGGAGGAGGARGACGUCUUUUCACUUUGCCUCUGCUGCACCGACCUGAUACAGUUCGUCAGGCCCUUCGUUCAGGAGGCGGGGAGGACCCUCGGGAGCAGCGGGACACUGGGGGACAACUUGGACAGGACGGCAGGUGGACAGGAUGGAGAAAAGGAGGACGAGCUGAGGACUGAACUCCUGAAGUUCUGCAUGAAGACCCUGAGUCAGCCUCUGCUGGACGUCCAGCUCAGAGAUCCCGACGUACCGUCCCCCCUCAGGACGUUUGCCUCAGAGAUUCUGGAGAUUCUCGGUGCGGUCGGAGAGUCCCUCCCUGCUCUGGUCUUCCUGCCUCUGUUGAAGAGGAAACAGGUUCCAGGCUUCCUGGAGGAGGAGGUGCGCUACCCUAAAAGCUCCCUGGCCUGCCUGGCUCACCUGGUGUUUGUCCAUCACCUGGCUGCAGAYUCUUUCCCCAGCGUCUUCAGUCCAGUGUUCUGUCUUCGGAGUAACAUGGAGCACAUUUCCCUCCUUCUGUCAAGAACUGAAGAGUCCAGGCUUCACAAAGGGUUGGAGCUGUAUGAGAAGAGUCUGGUGCGGGUAGAGGACUGCAGUCUUCCAGCAGAUCUGCUGGAGAUUAAAACGUUCCUCACAGUUCCUCAGAAUCUAAUAAAGGUCAUGACGAUGUGUCCCAGUGAUGUUCUGAGGACUCGAGGACUGAAGGUGUUCCAGCUGAGCAUGGAUAAGUUUGACACUGAAGCAAAGUACAGGUUCUUCCAGUUCCUGCUCAGGACCAGCAGCCACUCCGGAGUCCAAGGCUACAUUAUUAAAAACAUCAAGAACCAGAUCAGCUCUGCUCUGCAGCCAGGUAACAGUAACAUCUGGUUUGAGGGCGUCCACCUGCUGCCUCUGCUGCAGAAGGUCUUCAGUCUUCCUGAUGGUCCAGAGACAGACCUCCUGCAGUACCUGGACAGAGGGGUCCGUCCUGUCUGUAUCUGUUGGAGGGGAGACGCUGCCUCAGAUGACACCAGAGUCUCAGACUCAGGCCCUGCGCUCAGCUCUGCACACGUUUGACAUGAUGGAGAGCGUGUUGGUGCGGAUAGAGGAGCUGAUUGAGGAGGACCACCUGUAAUCUGCAGACCGCCAUCAUCUCAGGACCAAAAAAAUGUGUUUUCAACUUUAAUGGUUUUUAUGUUCAAUAUUGUAAACUAGGUGAAAGAUUCACUUCCUGUGAUUUCAGUUUCUGAUGUUUAUGUUUUGGUCAACAUAUCAUCAUCUCAUGUUAGAGUCGGUGCAGAAUGUGUCGGCUCUUGUAGUUCAUGUUGACUCUCAGCUACAAACACAUAUGUCAUCUGUGAAAUUAAAGCAGAGGAGCUGUGGCGGCCAUCUUCACUCUGUUAAAAUCUGUUCAUUGUGCAGCAGAUAUUUUACUAACACAAGAGAAGAGGGGAAAACAGAUUCAAUCAUCCAUUCUGGUUUUACAAGUUUGUUCUUUAUUAUAAAAUAAAAACACAAACAGUUCAGUUUUCUGUGUUAAUAAAUAAAACUGAGCAAUAAAAAUAUAUACACAGCCUUUCACAAUAAAAGCCUUUUCAGUCACUUCACAAUGA